GUCCUUAUUGGGGGUAGGUUUCUUUUAUGUUGACAAAUGAAUAGAACAGCUAGGUGAGAAAAUAAAAUAGAAUGAUGACUAAAGCAUCUUAAUUGUUUAGUAGGAACAAUGAAAUUUGUAUUUUAAAUCUCUAAAUUUGACUCUUUGCUUUCCCCCCUUUUUCUUCAAUAUCAAGAGCAGAAAUGUGCUUCAAGAACAGAAAUGUUGUGUGAAGAAUUCGGUUUGAAUGAUGCCAUAAAUCUUCAUGGCAAAGAGAAAGAGCUGGUUUGGAUGGGUAAAAAGGCUAUUCACUUCUGAGCCAAAGGGCAACAAAAAGCCAAACAAGUGGGGGUGGAGUUUUGGAAGGAUCAAGCAGAGACAGUAUCCUACAAUUACAGCUCCAAAUAAGACAUUGAUUGAAGCAAGUGCAGAACAGAGAAAACAUGCUUUAACUGUGGCUAUUGCAACUGCAGCAGCUGCUGAAGCUGCAGUUGCUGCUGCACAUGCUGCUGCUGAGGUUGUCAAGCUCACGGGUGCUUCUCGUUCUUACUCAUAUCUUUCCAAGGGAGACAGAAGUUUAGCUGCCAUCAAGAUCCAAAGCGCAUACCGUGCACAUCUU